AUGGCAGGUGCUCAGCCUAAACGUAGAUCUAUCCUGACUUCGCAGAUCACUCUUGCCUUCGAUAUAUGCAAAACAUGUGGUGGUAUUUUUGAAUAUGUGGAGUCUGGCCCAAUGGGAGCUGAAGAACUUGCAUUCAGAUUUGCUGUGAACACAAUCAACAGGAACAGAACUCUGCUGCCCAAUACCACUUUAACUUAUGAUACCCAGAAGAUCAACCUCUAUGACAGCUUUGAAGCAUCUAAGAAAGCUUGUGAUCAGCUAUCACUUGGGGUGGCUGCUAUCUUCGGGCCUUCACACAGCUCAUCAGCAAAUGCGGUGCAGUCCAUCUGCAAUGCCCUGGGAGUCCCUCACAUACAGACCCGCUGGAAGCACCAAGUUUCAGACAACAAGGAUUCCUUCUAUGUCAGUCUCUACCCAGACUUCUCUUCCCUUAGCCGUGCCAUCUUGGAUUUGGUGCAGUUUUUCAAGUGGAAAACCGUCACAGUCGUGUAUGACGACAGCACUGGUAAGAGCAGGGUCCUCCAUG